AUGGCUGCAUCCCUUCCGGAAAAGGAGCGAGACCUGCUCCGGCGCAUCGAUGCCUGUGUCGACCGCAUGCGCGCCUUCACGCCCGACGAGCCCUACGUCUUGAGCAUCCCUCAAGACGAACCCAAGUUCCACCACCACUCCCAUCACUCGUCGCAGAUGUGGCGCACUGGUACUCCCUUCCGCCCAGACGACGACCCCAACCAGCAAUACCAGACUUUUUACUAUCACGAGCCACUCUCCGACGUCUUUCAUCUACAUCGCAACUCACACUACCAGAAGGACAAUGCCUCCGUCUCGUCGCAACCGAGGGAAAAGGAGAGCAGUACACAGAGCACUCCCAGCAUGCAUCCUAAGAAGAAGAUCAGCCUGGCUGCUUACGCCAACAAAAAGACACAACCCGACUCCAAGGACGUCAAGCAUGACAAGCCCAAACACAACAAGACGCUGUCCGAGUCGACUUCCUCACAGUCGCUCAAGUCACGCGACUCUGCAAAUCUGCCACGCAUGCUGUCUCCACUGCGCGACCGCUCACAACAACCACAACAACCUCGACCUUCACCCAACCAAAACCCACCAAAACAACCCCUCCUACCACCCCGCCUAAUAUCCCCAACUCUCCCUCCUAGCAUCAUAGCUUCUUUGGAAGCAAAUCCAUACCAGCCAUCUCGACACAAGCAUGCAUCGAAACGUCUACCUUCCCCACUACCGCCAGUCGCCGAACAGUCACGCAAGCAUCCGCCAAACAUUCCUGAGCCCAAAACACGCGACUCACCCCAAGAAGAAGAACAAGAUUCUACCCCCUCAUCACUUGUCGUCCACCUCAAGAUCCCUAAGAGUAUGCGCAAGAACAUUGGUCGAUAUUUGCAGAUGAAACCACAACCUCAAGUCAUUCGUGUGCUACCUCCGGAGAAACAAACAGCUCCAGCACAAGCCACACCACAAGCAGCAAAGAGACCACGCCCGGCAGAAGAAGACACGCCACUCCUCGAGUCAAAACGCAAGAAGGCCAUCAAGCCUGAGCUGUCCACCACAAAGCAGGAGCCCAGUACACCCUCGUCUGCCACUCUCGCAGUGCAGAAAGCCACACGUAUUGCCCGCAGUGCUACCAAAGAUCUACGCACUUCGGCUGCUAUGAAACGCGUCGAGUCGACCGACAGUAUGGUUAAUGGCACACCGCAGUCUUCACGCCAGGUCAAUGGUGUCACUAAACCAUCCCCCUCAUCGGGCAGCAUUAAGACAGCCGAGUCGAAAGCUUGGGUGAUCGAAGCAGCUCGAAUCGGAAACUUGGGCCGGGAAUUGAAGCAUGCCGUCUCGGCUUUGGACAAGGCGGAGUCCAACAAUGGCCACACUGAAUCUCGACCUCGUGAGACGGCUGCCGCCAUGUCUCUCGAGUCUAUUCUGUUGUUCAUGCUCUCCUUCUACUGUACGGACCGCGGACUUGCCGCUCGUAACCCGCCUGCACCUCUAGAUGGUGGACACACUUGGGCAACGAUACCGGCGUUUAUCAACUUUGUCCGUACGCGAUGCCAAUACUUCCCAGCUCUCGAUGGUGUGGCCUGUCAGCUAGGUGCUGUGUGCAAUGCGAUGAUCGUGUUACGCUUGACGACCAUACGCGAACGACCACAAGACAUGACGCCCGAGGAAACGCGCGCGCUGCACAAUGCAGCUUCGACCGGUCUCAAAGUUUCCAAAGAUGGAAGCUCGAAAUUAUCUCUAUCAACCAUCAUGUCAUCAUUCCCAAAGACAUGGAAAAAGGCUAUGAACAGCAAUGUUUCCGGAACAGGAGCUGAGGACGACGUCAAGAUUGGUCGCUACGCUGGGGAUAUUGCUCUACCGCUCGGAAUGGAUACCGAGCCUCUCAUCGCAGUCCGAGUUGGUUAUGCACUGCUGAGAGAAUGGUGUGCCAGCAAGAAUCUGAAAUACGAGAUGAAACUUGGACUCUGA